GAAUUCGGCUGUCGAACGCGGAACGCUCAGUGCUUUGACUCGACGCUCGACACGCGCAACUCCACGCCCGCUUGUUUUCGUUCCUGUUGUACCUACGUAGAUUUUACGUUGUUCUCUCUGCUCCGCGCACACUUGCCAGUCGCUUUUCACUUGUUGUGGGAAGAUAUUGCGGUAUUUUCUCCACUCCGUACCACGCGCGAGUCUCUGUUGUCGUUUUUUUUCAAAAUCGAAUCGAAUCGUUUUUGCUCGCUCGCAAGUAGAUUUUAAGUUGUUUUUGCUUCUCUGCGCACAUUCGCAAGUUUCGAUUUUUGUUUGUUGUGCGUGGAUCUUAUGUUGUCUUCUCUACACACUCACGAGUCCCUGAAUUCGCUUGUUGUGCGUUGAUUUUACCGUGUUUUCGUUUGCCUCUCGAUUGAAAAUCAGUGCAAGUUUCAAAGUGCUUCUCUCGUGGUUGCGAUUAGAUCGAACGGUACUACGAUGUGAUGUUUAUGUGUCGCCACCCACGAUACUCGACAGUCAAGCCUCGACCGAACCCUGGUGUUAAAUGUUACGUCAAUAUUCAAAAUGUUGCUGCCGGGAGAGAGGAUGGGUUGGACCCUGACUGACUUAUCUCUGGUCCUGCUCGUAGCAGUCAUUCUCAUUAUCGCCGAGUACAAAUCCUGGUCAAGCCAUUGGUCUUUUAUCAACAUUUACCGGAUAUUAGGUAAAGGAACAAAAGUUCUGAAGGAACCGAAAACUAUAAAGGAUGUUCCAGGACCCAUCGCCCUCCCAGUUUUCGGCACUCGAUGGUUGUACUCCGUGGGAGGAUAUAAAAUGAACAAAAUUCACGAGCUGUAUGCAGACCUUUUCAGAAAAUACGGGGAGACCGUCCGAGAGGAGGCGUUGUGGAACUUCCCAGUGAUCAACAUCAGGAACCGCGAUGACAUCGAAAGAGUGCUGAAACAGUCGAGCAAGUUCCCCAUCCGCCCGCCGAACGAAGUGACUUCCUACUACCGUAGAACUAGGCCCGAUAAAUAUACAAACCUAGGACUAGUCAACGAGCAAGGUCAAACGUGGCAUGACCUGCGGACGAAACUGACUCCGGCUUUAACUAGCUCGAAGACUAUGACACAGUUCUUACCUGAGCUGAACCAAGUUGCCGAUGACUUCAAUACCCUUAUCACCAACUCCCGCGACGAAAACGGUGUCGUCCACAACUUCGAGGAGUAUGCUAAUCGUAUGGGCCUUGAGAGCACAUGCACAUUAAUCCUGGGCGAACGGCUAGGGUUCUUGGAGCAAAACAUAAGCCCGGUAGCAAGCCGCCUCGCAGACGCAGUCAAGGGUCAGUUCAUCGCGUCAAGAGACACAUUUUACGGCUUGCCAUUCUGGAAGAUUCUCCCCACUCCGGCAUAUAAACGACUUGUCGAAAGUGAAGACACAAUUUACGAAAUCAUAUCAGAAAUGGUAGAUAAAACUUUAAAAGCGGAAACAAACAAGUGUGCCGUUGACCCGGUGCAAAGUGUUUUUAUGUCUAUAUUACAAGCGGAAGGAAUGGAGUUAUGUGACAAAAAGGCGGCGAUCAUUGACUUUAUCGCUGCUGGAAUAAAAACAUUAGGAAACACACUUGUGUUUCUCCUUUAUUUAGUGGCAAAACAUCCGGAAGUUCAAGAGAAGAUCUAUGAAGAACUAGAAGGGCUUGUAACAGAUGGAUGCCCGUUAUCAACGAGUACUCUGAGGCAUGCAACUUACUUGAAGGCGUGCAUUGCAGAAGCUUUCAGGGUUCUUCCGACUGCCCCUUGUGUCGCAAGGAUAUUAGAGUCAGAGACUGAGCUCAGUGGCUACUUGCUCCCGGCAGGGAGCGUGGUAUUAUGCCACACUUGGCUGGCAAGUCAAGAAGAGUGUAAUUUCGUCGACGCCAAAAGUUUCAAGCCUGAAAGAUGGCUGGAUAACUCCGCAGUGAGAUACCCCUUCUUGGUUUGUCCUUUUGGAGUGGGAAAGAGGAUGUGUCCCGGUAAACGCUUCGUCGAACUAGAGCUUCAAGUUGUCUUAGCUCAGACAGUAAGGAAGUUCCAUAUUGAUUUCGAUGAGGAGUUGGAUCUACAGUUCGAGUUCCUGCUUGCGCCUAAAUCUCCGACGAAUAUAAUACUACGAGAUAGGCACUAAAAUCGUUCGAUUUCUUUCCCCGGGCGUUAAAUUCGUGCGGAAAAUGGUCUUAUCUUUUUCCGGUGAAGAGAAGUAUUAAUAAUUUACCUUCGAUAAGAUUUUGUUUUGAGGAAUGUGACUGUUCAAUCUGAAAAUACCACCGAGUAUGUAAAGAAGGAUUAAUGACCUCCAAAUAUAACUUCAUGACUGUGCUCACUUAGGUCUUUUUUACCCAAGUUUUUUUUUUUUUUUUUUUUUUUUUUUUUUUUUUUUUUUACAUAGAUAUAGUAUGAAACGUUACAUAUUUUAAGCUACUUGUAAGUGUGGCAUUUAUAAUCAUACUUUAAUUUGUGUGUAUAAGAGUUUAGUAUUUAAAUUAGUGUGAAUUGAAAUUAGAAAAAGUAUGCUCAAUGAAAUGUUUCAAAAUCAACCCUACAGAAAUAUGUUUAAACUAAAUACGAAAGGGGCGUAUUUUUCCUUGCCCUGCCAUAGAGAAAAGGCACGGUUAAGCAAAGUCAAUUUUAUUAUUUUCCUGUGAAUACAUCAUAUUAUUAUCUCUAUCGGGAGAUGAUUUUCGAA